AUGGGAGAAGAAGAAUACAGACAUAUCAAGCGCCGUUUUCGAACCGAUCGUUUCCAUUUUAUCAGAGCUCCUCCUAUUGAGAAGUGGAACCAGACAGAGGACAUCUGGAAGAGCAAAUGGCACUCUGAUCUCUAUCUUUAUCGGACAACGAUUCCCACCGCUGGGCCGGAUACCAAUUUAGAGGCAGAGUCUCAUUGGAAAUUCGAGGAAGUUCGCAGGGGGACAAACUUCCGCGCGGAAAUCUAUGUACUUCCAGAAGAUGAAGGUGGUGCUCCCAUUGCUGCCGGGGAUCGCCUAACGUUCACCGAUGGUCCAAACGAUGUUGAGGGAACCUUGAGUGCCUUUUAUAAAAUCCGAACAACAGUUUCACCGCGAAGAGUCGAGCCAAUGAUGGUUGAUGUUGAGAAACCCUUGCAAUACCUCGACUUAGGCCGCCGCUUCACGGUGAAGCAGGACGGCAAGCUUGUUGCGUUGGGGAUUCUGGGGUAUUGGGGAAGGUGA